UUGUAGAUUGGAAGGAUUUGCUUUCUCCUCUGAGAGAGCUGCUGUGCUUUGAUGAUUGGGCAGCUGGGAACUUCAAAGGGAAAGACCCGGGCUGUGACUGGCUGGCGGCCCAGCAAAGUCCUCAUCACAUUCUUGGAGGUGCUCCGGCUACACUCAGUCUGCAGGGGGGGGAACAACCUGCACAGAGCCAGGGACCAGGCACUCACACCCUGGGCACACAGGGGGCUUGUACUGGGUGGGGAGAGAGGGACUCCUCCAUGAGUCUGCAGCAGUGUGCUGCUCAUCACUACCCAGACAUCACCCAGCUGCUGCAGGAGCAGGACCAUGGCUGCUGCUGUCGCAGUGCUGAGGAACGACUCGCUGCAGACAUUCCUACAGGACAGAACACCCAGCGCCUCACCAGAUGUGGGUAAACAUUCCCCAUUGGCUCUUCUGGCAGCUACAUGUAGUCGAAUAGGACAACCAGGAGGCGGACAUGACUUUAUUCAGGUUCCUUUUGAUCCAACCAUCGGUUCUCCUUCAAGGAUUUUCCACCCAUGGACUAAUGAAAUUUCUACGCACUCUCCGGGUGGAAUUCAGACACACAGCAGUCUUGGAUUUACUGCUCAAAAAAAUCAGCUCUCAUCUCACAUUCAGUCUUCAUUUGUAACUCAUGAACUACCACUGACCCCCCCUGCCGAUCCCUCCUACCCGUACGAAUUUUCCCCAGUAAAAAUGUUAUCUUCACCUAUGGCAGCUUUUCAGUCUUCUACCUGCCAAUCAGCCUAUGUACCUUCUGUUCCUUAUUCUUCUGCUGCCCCCAUUGCUUCUGCAAUUCAUGGGUUUGUACCGGGGCAUUCGAACCUGAUCCGACAACAGCCAAGGCAGCUGUCCCCCAGUACAGCAGAAGAUAUUUCUUGGUGGAGUAUUCAGCAGUCAACACCAGUCACCCACCCGUCCCCAAUACCUCAUGCUCAUCACCACUUCCCCAUCCAGAGAAGUUUAGUUCUGGGACACUCGGACUUUGCACAGUACCAGACACAAAUUGCAGCACUCUUGCAGACCAAGUCUCCGUUGGCUACCGCCAGGAGAUGCAGGCGAUGCAGGUGUCCUAAUUGUCAGUCUUCCAGUGGUCAAGAUGAGCCUGGGAAGAAGAAGCAACACAUCUGCCACAUCCCAGGUUGUGGAAAGGUGUAUGGUAAAACCUCACACUUGAAGGCUCAUCUAAGGUGGCACUCAGGGGAGAGACCAUUUAUUUGCAACUGGUUGUUCUGUGGCAAAAGUUUCACCCGGUCUGAUGAGCUGCAGAGGCACUUAAGGACUCAUACUGGAGAAAAGCGCUUUGUCUGUACGGAAUGUGGGAAAAGAUUCAUGAGAAGCGAUCACCUGGCCAAACAUGUGAAGACACAUCAGAACAAGAAGAUAAAAGGAGUGGAAAGGACAGUAAAACAAGAGCAAAUCAGAGACCACUAGAGGAGCUCAAUGGAUCCUUCUACAGUGCAAUAUACUUGAAUACAGAGUUCUUGGAAUACUGUUAAAUGUAUCGAAGCACAAUACAUGUUGUCACAUUCUCCAAUUUUUUGUUUUUGGAUCUUUCCAGUGAAUCCAUGGAUUUUAUAUUUCCGCUAACAAUGUUGUGAAAUAAAGUUGGUGUAAUUCAGCUAUUUAAGACUUAUUCUGAAGCCUACAUCCAUUUCCAGCAGACUGUUAGUGUGUUUGUUAAACUUCUGCUGGUCUCGCUUUCCUUCCCAUAUCAGCAUGCAUUUUUUAUUCUGUAAAAGGGAUAUAAUACGGUUACACUUUCAAAUAAACAAUUCCCUUGUUCAAAGAA